CGCUGGUUGCUCACCGCUUGAAAACACCAACAGAGGAAGAAGAAGAAGCGGGGAGAUUUGAAAACAAAAAUGGCGAAAGUUCGGAGAGUUCUGGAGCGCUGUGACCCGGUCCUGUUGGAGCCCUGCGGGGAGCCCGAACCGGACUGCGCCGAGGCAGCAGGGACGGUUCUGUUCCUCACGGAGAGUCGACGAGUCCAGAAGGUUCUGUGGCGUCAGCUGUUUGUUCUGGACUCCAUGAUGUUCUUACUGAAAGACCUUGAAUCUGCCCAGCAACUGAUGACACUGCCCUGUCCCCCGCCAUCUGAGGGCGGGGCUCGCAGCAGGUGGAAGGCUCUGAAGGCGGAGACCAGGUCAGGGAUGGAGGAGACGGAGUCGCUGCUCAGAUCCCUGCAGGACCGAGUCCAACAAGUCCAGCACAGGAGAGACAGAGUCACAGCGCUGCUGCAGCUGCUGCACAUCAAGCGGCAGCAUCAGGAUCAGCUCAUUGUGUCGCUGCUGAAGGCCCAGAAUGCUUUGCAGUCAUGUGACCUACAGCUGGAGCAGCUGAGGGCGGAGUCAGAGGCGGCGCUCCAUCAGCUGGUGUCAUGGCGGCGCCUCAGAGACCUGCUGCAGGAACACGCCACGGCCACACAGGAAGUGAUGCAGAUGCAGCUCCUUUCUGUCGACCAAUCAGAGCUGCUGCUGGAGAUCAGGCCCCGCCUCCCUUCCCAGCCAUCAGCCAAUGAGCUGCCGCCACCGAGGCUGGUGGUCAGCUGGCGCCAUGACGACAGAUUCACCCUGCAGGUGGAGGAGGAGUUAGCCGGGCAGGUGGAGGGCUGCGGGUCGGGACGUCGCGACGUGCUCAGCGCCGCCCUGCUGGACGUCCUGCAGAGCUACAUGGGCCAGGCGGCGCUGCUGGCCGAGAUCCACAGCCUCAGGGCCAGCUUCGCCAUCGACUGGUGCCCGGCGAAGCGCCUGCUGGUCUACCUGAAGUCGGCGGCGCUGGUUUGCCACCUGCAGGUGGAGGACGGCUACCCUGCAGCCGGGUCGGCCCGGCUCAGCUCGGUGCUGCGGGACGGACGGCCAGUCGACACGCAGGGACUGAAGCCUCGUAAAGCUGAACUCUCUCUGACCGACUGGCUGGUUUUCCUCUGCAGUAGUCCGCUCAUCUGAAGGAGGGACAAGCUGUCCUCCAGUCUGUCCCAGUCUGACCUCCAGUCUGUCCCAGUCUGUCUCUCAGGUUUUUCUCCCUUUUCUGUUUUGUGUUACUUUGAUAUAAAAUAAUAAAAUAAACUCUCUA